AUGGCGAUGAUGAUGACUGGCCGUGUGCUGCUGGUGUGUGCCCUCUGCGUGCUGUGGUGCGGUGCAGGCGGUGUUUAUGCGAGGGACCUCGACAACAGGGCACUGGGUGGCUGCAUGGCGUCGGGAGUGUUGGGUAUGAAUGCAUCGUAUGAGCCGAACGGAUGUAAUGAAUACAUGCCGACGCCGCCUUUGCGGUCAGCACUGCCUAUCCCUGCCAUACAAGCCGAAGAUGGGCAGGUAAGGGAUACUCCUUCAGGUCCUGGUUCUGGUGGUGGAGGCGGAGAUAAAGGUGCACGUGAUCCUGCUGGUGGUGGUGAUGGUCAUGCUGCUUCUGGUCCUGUUGCUGGUCCUACUGCUGAUCCUCCUGCCGGCGUUCUUGAUCCUACUGGUCCUGGUGGUAAUGAUGAUUCUUCCGGUGCCACGGGUCUUCCUGGUGCCGCGGUUUCUUCUGUUGGUCCUUCUUCUCUUCCUGGCCCUGCUAAUUCUAAUGCUGCUUCUGUUGGUCUUCCUGCUGGUUCUGAAAAUAGUAAUACGGGUUGCGGAGAGGUGUCGGAUUGCGGAAGUCAAGGAAAUUUGGAAAAGGCAACAGUGGAAAAAGAGGAUUUCACGGUAUCCAAAGCACAAAAACCUCCAGCGACGCAAAACACGAAAUCAAAAGACAAUGAGGAGAACCCAGCGGAAGCAUCAAGUACGGAAUCUGAGAAUACGGAACCCCAACAAGAAAUAAAAACGCCAGUGGAUGAGAGUGACAGUACGAGCACCGAUGCAUCCACAGCGGUUGCCGCACGGAGUACAUCAGCCGGCAGUCAAGAAGAAGCAACUGCGUCAUCUUCCAAUGGCAGUCAUUCUCCACUUCAGGGGGAAGUAUUCACUGGAACGGACACUCCCGAGAAUGCUCCAUCUCCGGCUGCCGCAGAAACAGAAAAACGCCAAGGAGAAAAUGUGACGACACCCGGCGACAGCGACAGCAGCCCCGCGGCUUCCCACACCACCUCCCCUCUUUUGCUUGUUGUUGUUGCGUGUGCGGCUGCUGCUGCGGUGGUGGCCGCGUGA